AUUCGUGAAAAUCCUAUAGGUCGAGGGUCCGAAUCGCAAAAGCCCCAUCUCCUUCUCCCGGCGGUUGUGAUGGCGGCGGCGAUGGCGACGCCGGCGAGCACGUCCGGGGAGUGGCUCAAGGGCGCCCUACAGGAUCUUCGGGAGAGUAAGGGGAGCGAGCUGGAGCUCGACGCUGAUCUCAUCUCGGGCCUCGUCUCCUUCUGCGAGCUCGCAUCUCCCCCCGACGCCGCCAGCUACCUCGAGAACUUUAUUGGAAAAGAAGCUGCUCAGCACAUUAUUCAGGAGUACUUGCGGAGGAGGGGUCACAUUGGUUCCUUGAAUGAAACUGAAAGCUUGCAAUCAUCUAGUCUUCAGCCUUACGUUAAGCCAUCUGCUGAUGUGGCAACUACACAAACAAAGAAACAAAUGCGCGCACAAAAAGAAGCAGCGUCUUCUUCUAGUCAGAGUUCCAAGAGUCAAGCAGAAACUGCAGAAUCCCAACUUGCUUCCAAGAGAGGUUCAAAAAAGAAAGGGGCAAAGGCCAUUUCUCUCGCUGAAGCAGCAAAGGGUUCCAUUGUCUUCAAGCAGGGGAAACCUUGUUCGUGCCAAGCACGGCAGCAUAACCUUGUUAGCAACUGCUUAUCAUGUGGCAAAAUUGUGUGCGAACAAGAGGGCGACGGACCCUGUAGUUUCUGUGGUGCGCUGGUCUUGAAGGAAGGUAGUACAUAUGCUGGUUUAAGUGAUGUUGGACUACCUCUUUCAGAAGCAGAAGCUGCAGCUGAAGCAUAUGCAAAGAGGCUUGUUGACUAUGACAGGAAUGCUGCUGCAAGGACUAAAGUUUAUGACGACCAAAGUGACUAUUUUGAAAUGGAAGGAAACAGUUGGCUCUCUUCAAAGGAAAAGUCAGUCCUACAGAAGCAGCAAGAGGAAGCUCAGGAAGCAGCUGCAAAUCAAAAGGGGAAAGUGGUUGUUACAUUUGAUUUGGUGGGUCGUAAGGUGAUUUUGAACAAGGAUGGAGCCACUGAGCUGGAAACGGAGCACCCGAUCAUGAGACCACCUGAUCAGAAGGAUCAGAGCCACCGCAUACAGCCCAACCCCACAAUCAGAGAGCAACCUGUGUACGUCGAAACAGGUCCAGUGAAGCCAAAAACUGACCGAGCAAAACAGAGCAAGAGACUUGCCAAGAAUGGUCUGUGCCUGGAGGUAACCGACAGGCUGCAGCACGAUGACAAGGACCUGCAGAGCAUUCUGAGUGGCAAGGUGAAGAAAGGCGAUCACUUGGCUUACAGUUCCUUUGGUCAGGCACGCGAAGGGGAUGACGUCGAAUGCUCCCAAGAUUUUGAUUGACAGUAUGAAAUCCUAGUGAUCUAAAAACAGUCAUGAAACAGCCUGUAAAAUCAUUGAGUUCCCCAUCUAACCUUUUGGACCCAAUUUCCUGCAAAAUGCAAAUGUGAGUGUUUGGCACCUUUUGUCCUUGCACGUUACUCUCAGUUCAAAUUAACAGGAUCUUAUGUUACGCAA